AUGCUGGGUUUUGAAGUUUCUUCGUCGCCAGCCGCUGCAGAACCUCCAAAAUCUCGCUCAAAGAAAGAGCCGGAGUUACCACUCCUAGAGAGAAACAACUGGCUGAUCUAUCUGCUCUACGUUCGCAAAGACUUUGACGCAUGUAAGGCACUCAUCAAGGAGCAGCUGGAGGAAUCUCAUGGAAUGUGUGAAUAUGCCGUGUACGUUCAAGCUCUCAUACUUCGCUUGGAGGGGAAAAUUCAAGAAUCCCUUGAACUUUUUCAGACGUGCUCCAUUCUGAACCCUCGAAGUGCCAACAACCUCAAGCAAGUGGCGCGGUCGCUGUUUCUUUUGGGGAAACACAAGGCAGCCAUUGAAGUGUACAAUGACGCAGCUAAGCUCAAUGAACAGGACUGGGAGAUCAGCCACAACCUGGGUGUGUGCUACAUGUACCUGAAGCAUUUCAACAAGGCACAAGACCAGCUCAACAGCGCCCUGGAGCUCAACAAACAUGAGCUGACUUACAUGAUGCUGGGGAAAAUUCACCUCUUGGAAGGAGAGACUGAUAAAGCCCUUGAAGUCUAUAAGAAGGCAGUAGAAUUUUCUCCGGAGAACACAGAGCUCCUUACGAAUUUGGGGUUACUCUACCUGCAGCUUGGGGAUUACCAGAAGGCUUUUGAACACCUUGGAAAUGCGCUUACUUAUGACCCCACCAACUACAAGGCCACGCUGGCAGCGGGCAGCAUGAUGCAGAGCCACGGGGACUUCGAUGUGGCCCUCGCCAAAUACAAGGUGGUCGCCAGCGCCGCGCCCGAAAGCCCCCCGCUGUGGAACAACAUUGGAAUGUGCUUCUUCGGCAAGAAGAAAUACGUAGCAGCCAUCAGUUGCCUGAAGCGAGCAAACUACCUGGCUCCCUUUGACUGGAAGAUCCUCUACAAUCUGGGCCUGGUGCACCUCACGAUGCAGCAGUACGCGUCCGCUUUCCACUUCCUCAGCGCUGCCAUCAGCUUCCAGCCCAAGAUGGGAGAGCUCUAUAUGCUCCUGGCAGUUGCUCUGACAAACCUGGAGGACAUUGAGAAUGCAAAACUCUCCUAUGAGCAAGCUGUGGCCCUGGACAAGAGCAACCCCCUCGUCAACCUCAACUAUGCUGUCCUGCUCUACAACCAGGGGGACAAGAAGGGAGCCCUCUGCCAGUACCAGGAGAUGGAGAAGAAGGUCAAUGUGCUGAAGGAGGGCGGCACUCCCGACUUUGACCCUGAGAUGGUGGAAGUAGCCCAGAAGAUGGGAGCUGCCCUGCAGGUGGGGGAGAGCCUGGUCUGGACCCGGCCGGCCAGAGAGUCCAAAGCCAAGCAGCGAGCUGCCCCGUCGGGGAAGCCCUCCAGCUCGCAGCAGCCGCUGGGCUCCAACCAGGCGCUGGGUCAAGCCAUGUCCUCAGCUGCUGGCUGUGGGAAAAUCCUGCAACUUGCCCCAGGUGCUGGAGCAGCAGCCCCCCUUGUGAAACCUCCCUCGCUGCCUCUGGAAGCAGAGGCAGGCUCGGAAGCGGGCUCGGAGGAGAGCGCGGCCGCGCCGGACGCCGAGGAGCGGCGCAGGGAGCGACGCAGGAGCAAGCAGGCGGCCGACUAG